CCAAGAUCAACAGAGGAGAAUAUUUUUGCCACCUCCACCUGGAAUUAGAAAAUGUGUCGUAUCCACUAAUAUUUCUGCAACAUCUUUGACAAUAGAUGGAAUCAGGUAUGUGGUAGAUGGUGGCUUUGUGAAGCAGUUAAAUCACAAUCCCAGAUUAGGCUUGGACAUCCUGGAGGUGGUUCCAAUUUCAAAGAGUGAGGCGUUACAGCGAAGUGGUCGAGCUGGUAGGACUUCCUCAGGAAAAUGCUUUCGGAUCUAUAGUAAAGAUUUUUGGAACCAGUGUAUGCCCGACCAUGUGAUCCCUGAGAUUAAGAGAACUAGUUUGACAUCUGUAGUUUUGACCUUAAAGUGCCUUGCCAUACACGAUGUUAUAAGGUUUCCUUAUUUGGACCCACCUAAUGAGAGACUUAUUUUGGAAGCCCUUAAACAACUUUAUCAGUGUGAUGCUAUUGACAGGAAUGGCCAUGUGACCAGAUUGGGUUUGUCUAUGGUAGAAUUUCCUCUCCCUCCACAUCUGACAUGUGCAGUAAUAAAGGCUGCUUCUCUGGACUGUGAAGAUCUACUACUUCCAAUAGCAGCAAUGUUGUCUGUGGAAAAUGUCUUCAUUAGACCUG